GUGUUCCUUUUUCUCCACAUCCUCUCCAGCAGAUCGUCAUUGGUGUUUUUUAUGUUAGACAGGAAGGAUGUGGAUCGUGAAGGAAGUGGAGAUGGGGAAAACCUGGAAGGAGGAGAGCUUGUGUAUGCCAACUAUGCUCGCACUGAGGACUUCUUCAAACUAGAAAGAGAGAUGAACAUCAACUGCACUGGGAAGAUUGUUAUUGCAAGAUAUGGGAAGAUCUUUCGAGGAAAUAAAGUUAAAAAUGCCAUGCUGGCGGGAGCCAUGGGAAUCAUUCUGUAUUCUGAUCCUGCUGACUACUUUGCCCCUGAGGUACAGCCAUAUCCCAAAGGAUGGAACCUUCCAGGAGCUGCAGCGCAGAGAGGAAAUGUCUUAAACCUAAAUGGGGCAGGUGACCCACUCACUCCAGGCUAUCCAGCUAAAGAGUACACCUUCAGACUUCGUGUUGAAGAAGGAAUAGGGGUUCCGAACAUACCUGUACACCCAAUUGGAUAUAAUGAUGCAGAGAUACUAUUACGAAACUUGGGAGGAACUGCUCCACCAGACAAAAGCUGGAAGGGAACUCUAAAUAUUAGUUACAGUAUUGGACCUGGCUUUACAGGAAGUGACUAUCUCAGGAAAGUUAGAAUGCAUGUAAAUAACAUUAACAAAGUCACAAGAAUUUACAAUGUAAUUGGAACUAUCAAAGGCUCUAUGGAACCUGAUAGGUAUGUCAUUCUGGGAGGUCAUCGUGACUCCUGGGUGUUUGGAGGGAUAGACCCUACCACUGGAACUGCAGUUUUGCAAGAGAUUGCCCAAAGUUUUGGAAAACUGUUGAAUCGAGGCUGGAGACCCAGGAGAACUAUCAUUUUUGCUAGCUGGGAUGCAGAAGAGUUUGGGUUGCUGGGUUCGACUGAAUGGGCUGAAGAAAAUGCAAAGAUCCUACAGGAGAGAAGCAUUGCUUACAUCAACUCAGACUCAUCUAUAGAAGGCAAUUACACUCUACGAGUUGACUGCACUCCUCUUCUUUACCAGUUGGUGUAUAAAGUGGCGAGAGAGAUCCCCAGCCCUGAUGAUGGUUUUGAAAGUAAAUCACUUUAUGAAAGCUGGCUGGCAAAAGACCCUUCACCUGAAAAUAAAGAUUGUCCUAGGAUCAAUAAGCUCGGAUCUGGAAGUGAUUUUGAGGCUUAUUUUCAAAGGCUUGGAAUUGCUUCAGGUAGAACUCGUUACACUAAGAACAGGAAAACAGAUAAAUACAGUAGCUAUCCUGUAUACCAUACCAUCUAUGAGACAUUUGAAUUAGUAGAGAACUUUUAUGACCCCACAUUUAAAAAACAGCUUUCUGUGGCUCAGUUACGAGGAGCAUUGGUGUAUGAGCUUGCAGACUCUGUUAUCAUUCCUUUCAACAUUCAAGACUAUGCAAAAGCCUUGAAAACCUAUGCAGCAAGUAUCUUCAAUUUAUCUAAGAAACAUGAACAGCAACUGAGAAGCCAUGGAGUGUCAUUUGAUUCCUUAUUUUCUGCUGUGACAAACUUUUCAAAGGCUGCUUCAGACUUUCAUAGAAGACUCACACAAGUUGAUCUUACCAAUCCUAUUGCAGUGAGAAUUAUGAAUGACCAACUGAUGCUUUUGGAAAGAGCAUUCAUAGAUCCCCUCGGUUUACCUGGGAGGCAGUUCUACAGGCAUAUCAUCUUUGCUCCAAGUAGCCACAACAAAUAUGCUGGAGAAUCUUUCCCUGGGAUUUAUGAUGCCAUGUUUGAUAUUGAAAAUAGAGCAGACCCUCACUUGGCCUGGGCAGAAGUGAAGAAACAUAUUUCUAUUGCAGCUUUCAUGAUUCAAGCAGCAGCAGGGACACUGAGAGAUGUGUUAUGA